CACGAUGCAGCGAGACGGCUGCGCGGGGGGCGGGAGUCGUGUUGGUGGAGGUGAGGGCCGGUGCGGUCCCCGGGAGGGCUCGGCGGGGAACGGCCGCGACGCGAGCCACCGCCACGCCGCCGAAGCGCCGGGGGAACCGCCGGCGGCCGCGUCCUUGCUGGCCCCGAUGGACCUAGGGGAGGAACCGCUGGAGAAGGCGGCGCCCGCCCGCGCGGUCAAAGAUCCCAACACCUACAAAGUGCUUUCGCUGAUAUUGUCUGUCUGUGUGUUAACAACCAUCCUUGGAUGUAUAUUUGGGUUGAAACCAAGCUGUGCCAAAGAAGUUAAAAGUUGCAAAGGUCGCUGUUUUGAGAGAACAUUUGGGAACUGUCGCUGUGAUGCUCCCUGCGUUGAACUUGGAAACUGCUGUCUAGAUUAUCAGGAAACAUGUAUAGAACCAGAACACAUAUGGAAUUGCAGCAAAUUCAGGUGUGGUGAGAAGAGGUUGUCGAGAAACCUCUGCUCCUGUUCAGACGACUGCAGGGACAAAGGCGACUGCUGCAUCAACUACGGCUCCGUGUGUCGAGGUGAGAAAACUUGGGCAGAACAAUCGUGUGAAAAUCUUAAUGAACCACAGUGUCCAGCAGGGUUUGAAACACCGCCUACCCUCUUAUUUUCUUUGGAUGGUUUCAGGGCAGAAUAUUUACACACUUGGGGUGGACUUCUUCCUGUUAUUAGCAGACUAAAAAACUGUGGAACAUACACUAAAAACAUGAGACCAGUAUAUCCAACGAAAACUUUUCCCAAUCACUACAGUAUUGUCACAGGACUUUAUCCAGAGUCUCAUGGCAUAAUUGACAACAAAAUGUAUGAUCCCAAAAUGAAUGCCUCCUUUUCUCUUAAAAGUAAAGAGAAAUUUAAUCCUGAGUGGUACAAAGGAGAACCAAUUUGGCUCACUGCUCAGUAUCAAGGCCUCAGGUCUGGCACAUUCUAUUGGCCAGGAUCAGAUGUGGAGAUCAAUGGCAUCCUCCCAGACAUCUAUAAAAUAUACAAUGGAUCAGUGCCAUUUGAAGAAAGGAUUUUAGCUGUUCUUAAGUGGUUACAGCUUCCCAAAGAUGAAAGACCACACUUUUACACUCUGUAUUUAGAAGAACCAGAUUCUUCAGGUCAUUUUUAUGGACCAGUCAGCAGUGAAGUCAUCAAAGCAUUGCAGAGGGUUGAUGACAUGGUGGGCAUGCUGAUGGAUGGGCUGAAGGAGCUGAACUUGCACAGAUGCCUGAACAUCAUUCUCAUUUCUGAUCAUGGUAUGGAGCAAGGCAGUUGUAAGAAAUAUAUAUAUCUGAAUAAAUAUUUGGGGGAUGCUAAAAAUAUUAAAGUUAUCUAUGGACCUGCAGCUCGAUUGAGGCCAACUGAUGUCCCAGAUAAAUACUAUUCAUUUAAUUAUGAAAACAUUGUCAGAAAUCUUUCUUGCCUGGAACCAAAUCAGCACUUCAAACCUUAUUUAAAACAUUUCUUACCCAAGCGUUUGCACUUUGCUAAAAGUGACAGGAUUGAGCCUUUGACAUUCUAUUUGGACCCUCAGUGGCAACUUGCAUUGAAUCCUUCAGAGACAAAAUAUUGUGGAAGUGGAUUUCAUGGCUCUGACAACUUAUUUUCAAAUAUGCAAGCUCUUUUUAUUGGCUAUGGACCUGGAUUCAAGCAUGGCAUUGAAGUUGAACCCUUUGAAAAUAUUGAAGUCUAUAACUUAAUGUGUGAUUUGCUGAAUUUGGUACCAGCUUCAAAUAAUGGGACUCAUGGCAGUCUUAACCAUCUUCUAAAGAAUCCUAUUUACACCCCAAAGCAUCCCAGAGAAGGCCACCCCCCAGCACAGUGCCCAUUCACAAGGACCAGCAGAGAAAACCUUGGCUGUUCGUGCAACCCCUCAAUUUUACCAAAUGUAGAUUUCGAGACACAAUUGAAUCUGACUAUGGCAGAAGAGAAGAGUAUUAAGAGAGGCUCUUUACCCUUUGGAAGACCCAGGAUUCUCCUGAAGAAUCACAAUGCCUGCCUCCUAUAUCAGCACCAGUUUGUGAGUGGAUACAGCCAGGACAUCCAAAUGCCUCUUUGGACAUCCUACACCGUUGGCAGAAAUGACAAUUUUUCCACAGAAGACUUUUCCAACUGUUUUUACCAAGAUCUUCGAAUUUCUGUUAGCCCUGUCCAUAAGUGCUCAUUUUAUAAAAAUAAUGUUAAACUGAGUUAUGGGUUCCUCUCCCCACCACAACUAAGUAAAGAUUCAAGUCAAAUCUAUUCUGAAGCAUUGCUUACGACUAACGUAGUACCAAUGUACCCAAGUUUUCAAGUUAUAUGGCACUACAUCCAUGGCACGCUACUGCAAAGGUAUGCUGAAGAAAGAAACGGCCUCAACGUUGUCAGUGGUCCUGUGUUUGACUUUGAUUAUGAUGGCCUUUAUGAUUCUUCAGAGACUCUGAAACAAAACAACAAAAUCAUCCGCAACCAAGCAGUUCUGAUUCCAACUCACUUCUUCAUUGUACUAACAAGCUGUACAAAUACACUACAGACUCCACUACAGUGUGAAAAUUUAGAUACAUCCGCUUUCAUUUUGCCUCACAGGAAUGAUAACAGUGAGAGCUGUGCACAUGGGAAGCCUGAAUCCUUAUGGGUUGAAGAGUUGCUGAGGUUACACAGAGCCCGGAUCAUAGAUGUUGAACACAUCACUGGACUCAGCUUCUAUCAAGAAAGAAAAGAACCCGUCUCAGACAUUUUAAAGUUGAAAACACAUUUACCAACUUUCAACCAAGAAGACUGA